AUGCCGACAUCGCUCAGCUCAUCGACCCCACGCAACACAACACCCAUCGCGAAUGGACUACCCCUUUCCGCGCCGACAGCGGCGAACAGCAUCAUGAACAAAACGGCAGUCCCCGGCAAGUCACUAUAUCAAUACUGUCUGAACCUACGAGAUAGACUCAUGGACGUUCCGGGAUUCGAGUUGUGGCUUACCGCUGCCGCUGUCGCAGCCAAUGAUCCAGAAGACUCUACGGCGUCCAUUGCGAUGGCAACAGGGAUGGCGGAUGACCCCGUCAGUCAAUUGUGGAGAUGUUUCAGGCUGGGUGCGCCAUUAUGUGUUUUGUUCAAUGCGAUGAAGCCGAAGAAGGAGUUGGUGGUGAAUGCGGAUGUGACGUUCAGCAACCCGAAUGCAGGGAAAGCGAGUGUGUAUCACUUCCUGCUUGGGUGUAGGAAUGAGCUUGGGAUGGAGGAUGAUGAGUUGUUUACUAUCAGUCAGUUGUAUCAGGAUGAUACGAGUGGAUUUGUUCAUAUUACGAAGACGGUCAGUCUGGUAUUGGAUAAAUUGGAGGAGAAGAAUAUGCUGGUGAAGAGGGAUAAGUCGAGACAGUCUACGAUUGAGACGGAGGGGCCUAAAGAUAAUCGGGAUAAGGUUGUGCUCGAGCUGUUAGAGACUGAGAGGAAAUACGUACAGGAUUUGGAGCUGUUACAGCACUAUAUGCGUGAACUUCAGGCACAGGAAAUCGUCUCUGCGGAUACUAUCCAUAUGCUUUUUGCGAAUUUGAACACUCUUGUCGAUUUUCAGCGCCGGUUCCUCAUUGGUGUGGAGGGUAACGCAGCAAAGCCACCGGAUCAGCAGCGUUUCGGUGCACUUUUCCUUACCAUGGAAGAAGGUUUCUCAGUCUACGAACCAUUCUCUUCAAACUAUACCUACGCAAACGAGCUCGCGAUUGAGGAGACGCCCAAGUUGAUGAAGCUAUCGCAUCUCGUGGAACCGAGUUAUGAGUUGCCGAGUUUGUUGAUCAAGCCAAUUCAGAGGAUUUGCAAAUAUCCAUUGCUGUUGAAAGAGUUGGUCAAGUACACCGAUAAUGCGGAUGCGAAUUUUGAGGAGUUGGAGGCGGGUAUGGAGAGUGUGAAGCGUGUUACGGACCGUGUGAACGAGACGAGACGAAAACAGGAGAAUGAGGUCGUUGUGAUGGAGCUUGAGAGGCGGGUGGAGGAUUGGAAGGGGCAUUCGGUUGCGUCGUUCGGGUCGCUUCUGUUGGAGGAUAUGUUCCAUGUGACAAAGGGUGAGGUGGAGAGGGAGUACCAUGUGUACUUGUUCGAGAGGAUCUUGUUGUGCUGUAAGGAAGUCAGUGCGACGAAGAAGCAGGCGAAGAACCUGAGUAUCAAUAAGAAGACGAAGAAGAGGGGGAGUUUGCAGUUGAAGGGACGGAUCUUUAUCAACAACAUGGUGGAGAUUGUGCCGCAUGCGUCGCCUGGGCUUUAUACCUUGCAGGUGUAUUGGCGGGGUGAUGUUGAUCAGGAGUACUUUUCGCUGAGGUGCAGGAAUGAGGAGAAUUUGAAGCAGUGGACGGCGUCGCUGACGAGGUUGAUUGAGGAUACCCGUGCGAUGCGGGCGCGGAUGGAGGAGGCUCGGUUGCCGAAUGUGCCAAAUUCGACGAACCCAAGACAGAUUUCGAACACGCAGUUUGUGUCACUGCAGAAUUUGGAUCUCGGAUACAGACCAAAUAGCGAGAGUGAUGAUGAGGAAGAUUCAUACCGAGGCACGAGACCUAGCUACGAAGUGGGUCAUGAGGAGCUGAGUUCGUUCCCGAUGAGUCGUGAGGCGAGUACGUCGAGUGUGAGGUCGAGGUCGACGACGGCGGAUAGUGUUGCCGGGAGCAUCAACUAUCCUGCGCGGGGUCCCUCGGGCAGGUAUCCCGUUGGAGGACCACGCGUGUCGACGUCGACUGACUCCGCGUCGUAUGGGCAUUCCUUUUUUUCUCCUUCGCCGAUUACGGAGUCGCCGAAUAGCUCGGCGAGGGGAAGUACUGGUAAUGGAGGAUACCCCUUCCCGAGAACCUCGAUGGGUAGUUCGAUCAACGGUGAUCAGAACCGGUUUACAGCGCCAGCGAUGGGGAGGACGACGAGUAGGGAUAGUAACAACUAUCCCCCGAGCAGGCAGCCAUCGAUGUCAAGACCUGCUGUGUUGGCGCGGAAUAGGAGUGCGAGUAGUCCCAAUGUGCCGAGCAUUACAGCGGCGAAACCGGGUGUUAAUGGGGUUCCGCCUAUGCCGCCUCCGCCGACGUCUGCUGCGAUGUACAGGGCCCAGAGCAAUAAUGUUACGCCACCGUCUAUGUUGCAUGCACCAUCCUCACGAACAUCAAUGUCGAGCCAGGGUACGUCGAGUAUCCCUCCAACCCCCUCAACAGCGGGCAUCCCCAACAACCAAAUUAAAGUCAAAGUCAACUACCUCGACGAUAUCUUCGUCGUCGUCGUCGCCCCCAGCAUCUCAUAUGAGAAACUCAUGGAACGCGUUGAGAAGAAGGUGAGGUUGUGCGGUGAUCGGAGUGCUGCGGAUUUGAGUCAGGGCAUUCGGAUGAAGUACAUGGAUGAAGAUGGAGAUUUGAUUACGAUUAAUUCGGAUGAGGAUGUGGGGAUGGCGAUUGAGGCUAUUGGGCCGAGAGAUGAAGGGGGCAUUCUUGGUGGCGGGUCGGUGUUGAAUCUGUAUGUCGCUUGA